UACUGGGAGGCCAGGGGCGGGGCGCGGCUGCGGCUCCGUUUCCGGUGGCUGGUUGCGCUCGCUCACCCCAGCUGCAGCCACUCUCUCCCGUAGCUGCUUCCUCCAUCCUGGUAUUUUUUGGAGCCUCCAUCCUGGUUCUUCCAAAGUGCCCGGACCCAAAACAGGAAAGUAUUGCAGAUGCACAAGCAUGGAGGAGAAACCGUCUGGAUAACAUGAGAGUGAUGCUGCUGGCCAAAGCACAGAAACCUGAUUCUAUGGGAAGGGCUGUAGCUAAUCCAUUCGUGGUCUAGAUUUGAGUAUGAGCACAGUGGAAGAGGAUUCUGACGCAGUAACAGUAGAAACUGUGAACUCUGUGACGUUUACUCAGGACACAGACGGGAACCUCAUUCUUCACUGCCCUCAGAAUGAUCCUGAUGAAGUAGGCUCAGAAGACAGUACUGAACCUCCACAUAAGAGGCUUUGUUUGUCCCCGGAGGAUGAUCAGAGCGCUGAUGACUCCGCUCCUUGCAUAUCAGUUGUUGCACUCCCACUUUCAGAAAAUGAUCAGAGCUUUGAGGUGACCAUGACGGCAACCACAGAGGUGGCAGACGAUGACCUUUCUGAGGGAACUGUGACGCAAAUUCAGAUUUUACAGAAUGAUCAACUAGAUGAAAUAUCUCCAUUGGGUACUGAGGAAGUUUCAGCAGUUAGCCAAGCAUGGUUUACAACUAAAGAAGAUAAGGAUUCUCUCACUAACAAAGGACAUAAAUGGAAGCAAGGGAUGUGGUCCAAGGAAGAGAUCGGUAUUCUGAUGAACAACAUCGAGCGCUAUUUGAAGGCUCGCGGAAUAAAAGAUGCUACAGAAAUCAUCUUUGAGAUGUCAAAAGACGAAAGAAAAGACUUCUACAGGACGAUAGCGUGGGGGCUGAACCGGCCUUUGUUUGCAGUUUAUAGAAGAGUUCUGCGCAUGUAUGAUGACAGGAACCACGUGGGAAAAUAUACUCCUGAAGAAAUUGAGAAACUCAAGGAGCUCCGGAUAAAGCACGGCAAUGACUGGGCAACCAUAGGCGCGGCCCUGGGAAGGAGUGCGUCUUCUGUCAAGGACCGCUGCCGCCUGAUGAAGGACACCUGCAACACAGGCAAAUGGACAGAAGAAGAAGAAAAGAGACUUGCAGAAGUAGUUCAUGAGUUAACAAGCACGGAGCCAGGUGACAUUGUCACACAGGGUGUGUCUUGGGCAGCUGUAGCUGAAAGAGUGGGUACCCGCUCAGAAAAGCAAUGCCGUUCUAAAUGGCUCAACUACCUGAACUGGAAACAGAGUGGGGGUACUGAAUGGACCAAGGAAGAUGAAAUCAAUCUCAUCCUAAGGAUAGCAGAGCUUGAUGUAGCUGAUGAAAAUGACAUAAACUGGGAUCUUCUAGCUGAGGGAUGGAGCAGUGUCCGUUCACCACAAUGGCUUCGAAGUAAAUGGUGGACCAUCAAAAGGCAAAUUGCAAACCAUAAGGAUGUUUCGUUUCCUGUCUUAAUAAAAGGUCUUAAACAGUUACAUGAGAACCAAAAAAACAACCCAGUGCUUUUGGAGAAUAAAUCAGGAUCUGGAGUUCCAAACAGUAAUUGCAAUUCCAGUGUACAGCAUGUUCAGAUCAGAGUCGCCCGCUUGGAAGAUAAUACAGCCAUCUCUCCAAGCCCCAUGGCAGCGUUGCAGAUUCCAGUCCAGAUCACCCACGGCUCUUCAACAGACUCCCCUGCUGCUUCUGUUGACUCAGAAACAAUAACACUAAACAGUGGAACACUACAGACAUUUGAGAUUCUUCCAUCUUUCCACUUACAGCCCACUGGCACUCCAGGCACCUACCUUCUUCAGACAAGCUCAAGUCAAGGCCUUCCCCUGACUCUGACCACGAGUCCCACUGUAACCCUGGCAGCUGCUGCUCCUGCUUCUCCUGAACAGAUCAUUGUCCAUGCUUUAUCCCCAGAACAUUUGUUGAACACAAGUGAAAAUGUCACAGUGCAGUGUCAUACACCAAGAGUCAUCAUUCAAACUGUUGCUACAGAGGACAUUGCUUCUUCAAUAUCCCAGGCAGAACUGACAGUUGAUAGUGAUCUUCAUUCAUCUGAUUUUCCUGAGCCUCCAGAUGCCCUAGAAGCAGACACUUUCCCAGAUGAAAUUCCUCAGCCUAAGAUGACUAUACAACCAUCAUUUAAUAAUGCACAUGUGUCUAAAUUCAGUGACCAAAAUAGCACAGAACUGAUGAACAGUGUUAUGGUCAGAACAGAGGAAGAAAUUGCCCACACUGACCUUAAGCAGGAAGAACCUCCUUCUGACUUAGCCAGUGCUUAUGUUACUGAGGAUUUAGAGUCUCCCACCAUAGUACACCAAGUUCAUCAAACAAUUGAUGAUGAAACAAUACUCAUUGUUCCGUCACCACAUGGCUUUAUCCAGGCAUCUGAUGUUAUAGAUGCUGAAUCUGUCUUGCCUUUGACAACACUGACAGACCCCCUAUUCCAACAUCACCAAGAAGAAUCAAAUAUAAUUGGAUCAUCUUUGGGCAGUCCUGUUUCUGAAGACUCAAAGGAUGUUGAGGACUUAGUGAACUGUCACUAGAUAGUUAGAAACAGGUACUUCAAAUAAAGAAACCACGUUGUUGACUAUAUUGUCUCCAAAGAAAGGAGUCAUCCCAAGGGUUUUGAUUUGCCAUUCCUCUGGCGUGUUCGCAGCUACCGUACUUAAGCCAUGCACAUUGUUGCUGCUGUUAAUUUUUACCUCCUUUUAAGCAUAUCAUCUGAGGUCCAAUUUUAUGACAGUGUGUUGUGGAGUAUAGGAAUUUAUAAUUGCCCAGGCCUGUUAAGUUUUGUGUCAAGAGGGAGUUGCAUUAACUGCAGCUAUUUAAAUCACCAGAGCUUAACU